AUGUUCAGCCGCAUGUUAAAGAUUGAUGAAGCAGAACGGAAUGUAUUUGACCUGUCAUCCCAGAAGGUCGCUAUUCAUGCCGCAGCACCCUGUCCUCGUCAGGUAAAACAGGCGAUGUUUGAUUGGUGGGGGCCUAUUAUUUAUGAGUACUAUGCCGGCACUGAAGGUAACGGUCUGACCCAUGUGACACCGGAAGCCUGGCUGAGCAAACCGGGUACGGUCGGCCAGGCUGUUAUCGGAACCAUUCACAUUUGUGAUGAGGAAGGUAACGAACUUCCCAAUGGCGAGCCGGGGUUAGUUUAUUUUGAAUUGCCCCGCAUGCCAUUCAGCUAUCUUAAAGACGAUGACAAGACCAGAAAUGCACAACAUCCGAAACAUCCGAACUGGAGUGCGUUGGGUGAUGUUGGAUAUGUUGAUGACGAAGGUUUCCUUUUCCUGACGGAUAGAGCGACAUUUAUGAUCAUCUCUGGAGGGGUCAAUAUUUAUCCGCAGGAAAUCGAAGACGCGCUCACGAUGCAUCCAAAAAUUGCCGACAUCGCGGUAUUCGGGGUGCCCAACGAAGAAAUGGGUGAAGAAGUUAAGGCAGUGGUGCAACCGGCAGAGGGGAUUGAGGGUGACGAUGCACUGGCAGCUGAAUUGAUGGCUUAUGCUCGAGAGCACGUUGCACAUUACAAGUGCCCCAAGAGUAUUGAUUUUGAACCAGAAUUACCGUUUGCGCUUGUGCUUGCUGCCAGUGGCGCCAAAGUUGCACUGACUGGCCGGCGCGCCGAUCGGCUGGAUGAGCUGGCGGAGGAAAUUCGUGCGGCCGGGGGUGUCUGCGAGCCCAUUCCGUUCGACAUCACACAGUCUGAACAGAUUAACGAGGUGCUCGACAAGGCAGAAGCUGCGCUUGGGUUGGUUGACUUGCUGGUCAAUAAUGCCGGUAUUCCCGAUGCGCAAAGAGCGCACAAAAUGGAUGAGGAUCUUGUUGAUAGGGUGUUCUCAACGAACCUGAUUGGACCGUGGAAACUUUCCUGUGAAGUUGCGCGCCGGCUCAUCGCUGCAGAAAAGCCCGGCCGUAUGGUGAACAUCUCUUCUGUUGGUGCAUUUAAUUAUAGCGGUGGUGGAGCAGCGUUGUACUCGGUAACCAAGUCUGCAAUUGUGCGCAUGACAGAGUGUCUCGCUGUGGAGUGGGCUCGAUACAAUAUUAAUGUCAACGCGAUUGCACCGGGCGCAUUUGCGAGCGAGAUGAUGGACGGCAUGCUCGAGCGGAUUGGCGACAUCACAAAACACUUUCCCCGCAAACGUCUCGGUGAUCCUGCGCAGAUGGACUCGUUAAGAAAAAAGGAAGCAUUUAUGAUCAGUGAACAAAAUCAAAGCUUUCGAGCCGAUGUUAAAAAAUGGAUAGAAGAUAACUUUCCGAGCACGCUGGCGGGUGAGAAUCCUGCAGUGGUUGGUUAUGCCGCAGAUCUUAAAAACGAUCAUGAUCUCUGGCGCCAGCGGCUGGCAGACAAUGGCUGGGGUGCACCAACUUGGCCCAAAGAGUAUGGCGGUGCAGGUUUAGGUCAGCGUGAAGAGCGCAUUAUUACUGACGAACUAUCCAACGCGAAUGCAUUCAAUCCAAUUCCCACAAUCGCACUGAUGGGUGUGACAAUGGUGGGACCAACAAUUCUCGACUACGGCACUGAGGAUCAGAAGAAAAAGCACCUCGUACCCAUCGCAAGAGGUGAAGUGACAUGGUGUCUUGGAUUAUCGGAGCCUGGCGCGGGUUCAGAUCUUGCCGCGUUGCGCACUCGUGCAGUCGACAAUGGUGAUCACUAUGUUCUCAAUGGAUCAAAAAUCUGGACCUCGGGUGCACAUCAUUCGGAUUGGUGUGGCGCUGUUGUUAGAACCGAUCCUGAUGCUAAAAAACGCAACGGUAUCAGUUUUGUUCUGCUGCCUAUGAACCAGGAAGGCGUUGAAGCGCGUCCGCUUAAACUCAUUUCGGGUGCGUCGGCAUUCUGUGAAACGUUUUUCAAUGAUGCAAUCGCCGAAAAAUCUGAUCUGUUGGGCGAUUUAAAUGACGGUUGGAGCGUUGUUAAGCGUUUGUUACAACACGAAAGGCAAAGCCAGAUUGGUGCACGCACGGCGGGCAGCAGAUCGGAACGGAUGCAGGAUCUCGCCAGGCGUUACAUCGGACUUGAUGACAAGGGCAUGCUUAACGACAUCGAUCUGAGGCAAAGGCUGGCUAACCACUUAAUGGAUCGACAAUCGCAUGCACUGACGCUUGCACGAAUUGCUGCCGAAUCAAAAGGUAACGUCGAAGUUUCUGCUGCCGCUUCAAUACUGAAAAACUCAGCGACAAAUGUUUCUCAAACCCGCGCCGAUCUGACGCUUGAGAUUAUGGGCGACCAGGGCCUUGGCUGGGAGGGAGCCAAAGCCUGGGCAAGCAAACAAGCACCUGUGCAAAAGUUUCGCGCUAUGCGCGAUAGUGGAAUCGAACAACGCUUUGACGAUCAAACGUGGUCGGAAAUCAUUGAGAUGGGAUGGACCGGCAUUCUGAUACCGGAAGAGUAUGGCGGUUCUGAUCUUGACUACCUGACAUUUGGUGUUGUGCUUGAGGAACUCGGACGGCAGCUUACAGCAUCGCCGCUGUUUGCUUCCGCUCUGGUCGGCGCGACAGCGCUGAACAUUGCGGGCAGCGAUAUGCAGAAAGAGACGUUUUUACCCAAAAUCGUCGACGGCAGCGAAAUCCUGACACUUGCGAUUGAUGAAUCGCAUCGACAUGCGCCUGCCGAGGUUGCGCUAACAGCCCAAGCGACUGCAACAGGAUUCAAACUGAACGGUAAAAAAGGCUUUGUCCUGGAGGGGAUGGCGGCGACAACGUUCAUUGUGGCCGCGAGAACCAGCGGAGAACCGGGGGAUACAAACGGUAUUACUCUUUUCCUGGUCUCAGCCGAUAGUUCAGGUUUACAUCGCAAAUUUAUCUCUACAGCGGACAGCCGAGGUUACGCCAACAUGACUUUCGAUGAUGUUGAAGUUUCCUCAGACGCAGUUUUGGGAGAGGUAGAUGAAGGUUGGGAAGCGCUCGAUGCAAUUCUUGAUCGUGCGCGCGCUGGUCUCGCGGCAGAAAUGCUUGGGUGUGCUGCACAGGCAUUUGAUAUGACAUUGGAUUACCUGAAGACAAGGGAGCAAUUUGGUCAACUAAUUGGUUCCUUUCAGGCACUUGGGCAUCGUGCCGCGGCACUGUUCACCGGGCUGGAACUGGCCCGUUCAUGCGCUGAGGCCGCACUCCAGGCGAUCGAUGAAGAAGUGGAUGACAUCCCGCAAAUGUGUUCACUCUCUAAAUCACGUUUGAGUGACUUUCUGCACCAAAUGUCGACGCAGCUUAUCCAGAUUCAUGGUGGCAUCGGUAUGACCGAUGAGUUUGAUGCAGGCUUCUAUUUGAAACGUGCAAGAGCGUUGGAAGUUCGUUAUGGCAAUGCGGGCUUUCACCGGGAUAGAUAUGCGUCAGCGCUUGGGUUUUGA